UCCCGCGGCGGCGGCUCGCUCUCGCCCUCACACUCCGGCUGCCGCUGCCAGUGUCUCCGCCGCCGCCGAACCGCCGCUCGCCGCGCCGGGGUCCGACCCGCCGCCUCGGGCACGGGGCCCGCCUCGGCCCGCCGCCCCCGCCGCCCAGCCCGGCUCGGGAAACAGGCAGAGUGGCCCCUCGAGCCCCAGCAGGCCCUGGUCGGUGACGAGCAGUUGUCAUGAUCUCUACAGCACCUCUCUAUAGCGGGGUGCACAACUGGACCAGCACAGAGCGGAUUCGCAUGUGUGGCCUCAACGAGGAGAGGAGAGCCCCACUUUCUGAUGAGGAGUCUAAAACGAACAGCUCCCAGCACUUGGGGUCUCAAGAGUUUUGCGUCAGCAGCAGCCUUUCCAAGGUGGAGCUCACAGCAGUCAGCGGUGAUGGCAGCAGUGCCCAGGAUGCAGAUGGCAAGGUGGAGGAAAAGCUUGGACCCAAACUGGAAGAGCAGCCGCCUGAUCCCAACCCGAACGCAGAGUGUGUGGGAAAGACUGUGAAAGAUGACAUCCAGGGCCCUCUGGCAAGCCAGGGGGAUGGCAGAGGGCAGGAGCCUGCAAUCCCCAGAGCUGCUGAGCAGGAGAGCAGCGGUGCUGAUGCUGCCUGGACACCUGCAGAUCCUCCCAGUGACAAGCAGGCUGACGUUCCUCCAGCCUGCUCUGUGGCUCCAGAGAGCGAGCCUGCUGGGAAGGAGAAAACCACCCUGAGCACUGGAGCACAAGGGCCAGCAGUGCUGGCAGAAGGGACGUUGUCUGUGGUUGCUUCCGGCUGCAACACCUCAGCCUCCACCCCUGCUACUUUUACUUUGAGUAGAGUGUGCUUUCCCACAUCUCAGGCCCCUGCUAUGCAAAAAGUGCCCCUGUCCUUUCAGCCUGGGACAGUUCUGAGCCCGAGCCAGUCGCUAGUGUACAUCCCACCACCUAGCUGCGGGCAGCCGCUCACUGUGGCUACACUUCCAAGCACCUUAGGGGUCUCCUCCACACUCACCCUCCCUGUCCUGCCUUCUUACCUACAUGAGCGUUGCCUUCCAGGCAUUAUUGCCUCCCCAGAGCUGCGCUCCUACCCCUACACCUUCUCUGUCACCAGGCCCUUGGCUCCAGAUGCCAAAGUGGUGUCUGUGGAGCUUAGCUGCUCUUCACCUUCAGGUGGAAGUGGUGCCCAGACCGCUGCCGAUGGCGCUCCCCCGUCCACAGCUGGCCCUUCCCUCUCGCCCAGCCAGCCUGCACCGGCAGCAUCAUGUGGAAGCACUGCUCCCUCUUCUGGCACUGGCACGCACGCCAGAGCCCCGGCAGCGCCUGAGCCGCAUGCACCGGGGACCGCUACUUCAGUCUCUCCUCUGAAGUCUCCUCCGCAGCUGGAGCGUGAGAUGGUCUCCUCUCCAGAGUGCAGCGAGAUGCCGCUCGAUCUCUCCUCGAAGUCCAAUCGCCAGAAGCUGCCUCCGCCCAGUCAACGCAAAACACCUCCGAUGCCCAUCCUCACGCCCGUGCACACCAGCGGCAAAGCACUUCUCACCACGGUCCUGUCCAAGUCCCAGCGUGCAGCACAAAGCGCAGGCAGCAGCGUCACCUCGUGUCUCAGCACCACCCCGCCCUUUGUCAUCUUCCCCGACUUCCUGCGUAACGGAGAGCAGGGCUCCUGGGUGAAGAACACCACGCUCAUUAGCACCAUUCCGGGCACCUAUGUCGGCGUCGCCAACCCAGUGCCUGCCUCCCUGCUGCUCAGCAAGGACCCCGGCGUGAGCUUCAGCAGGGACCCACGCCACCUUCCCAAGCAGGAGCCUAUUUCCAUCAUUGACCAGGGAGAGCCUCGAAGCACUGGGGUUCCCUGCGGGAAGAAAGGCAACCAAGCUGGAGCAGAGAGACAGCAGGAUCCUGCCAGGAGACUUCAUGGCAGAGUUACUCCAGGAGCUCCUUUGUGUCAAUCCAAGGACAUCUCCACCUGGAACCCUGUCCAGGGAAGUGUGUACCCACGCUGCCCCGUGAACGGAAAACCUUCCAAUCCUCAGCUCCUGCCUCUUGGCUGGUCUCCUUAUCAUCAAACCCCCCUGCUUUCGAUUGGCAUCUCCACGACAGGGCAGCUGCCCCCAAACCAGAACAGCUCCUGCAAGCCAGCUGGUACAGGCGAGCUCCCGACGUUCCUGAGCGUGCAGCCGACGGAGUCCAGCACCGCAGCCCAGAGCCUGCCGGAGGGGCUGCCCAGGCUCCCGCCUGUGGAACGGGAAGCUGCGUCCAAGGGCAAGAGCUGCCGGGCCUUGCCCAAACUCUGUGAGGAGCAGGCCAAUCCAGUCCCACUGAAUGCAAGUCCAUCUCCUCAGAGCACUGCUUUGGAUGGGAAGGGGGGAAAGGGGAAGGUGGACAGCCCUCAGAAGAGUCAAGAGUGCGAUGGACCAGAAGCUGACUCCAGUAAAGAGGGCAAUGUACAGACUGAGACUCCCCAGGGGAGCUGUAGCCUCAAACAGUCGGAUGCAAAGCCUAAAAACCAAGUGUUAGCAGCGUACUUGUCUCAUGAUCUGCCCGCAGUCGGGCAGCAGAGUCUGCGAAUGAUUCCAGAGGCACCCGCGGCGAGUCAGCGCAAGGAGCUGGGCUGCGAAGGCUCCCAGCAGCCGCCAGCUGCAGAGCCCCUCCAGUGCGUGCGCCAGGUGGAUCUGUGCAGGGUCAAGAAGGAGCGAGUGGAGUGUGACGUGUCAUUUGCAUCUGUGACUUGCUUGCGGGCUGGGGCUGCUCCGCAGGCCUUUGCCGAGGUCAAGCUCAAAGGCGUGGGCCAGAUCAAGCAAGAGGGCAGCGUGCGCUGCAAAUCCAAGCGGCAGCAUGAUGGGGACGCCAGGCAGGCGCAAAAGAGACUGAAGUGCAAAGCGCAGGAUGGUGAGGAGUCCCCGAGCAAAUUGGGGAGCCAGAGCAUGCACGGCCGGAAGUGGCGAAAACACCACGACAAUCUGCAUGAACUCAGCAAGCGAGAAGGCCGAACUGGCCUGGGAUCAGUGAAGGAUCACAACAGCCUCAGGGUAAAGCGUAAGCGUAGGAGGCCAGCGAAGACAGAGUUCCCAUCUCCAGCACACCGUGGGGACAGCCACGAGGAAGGUUGCCUUGAGAAGAAGCCCAAGAACAACUUUCGGGAUUUCAUUCCGGUGGUGCUGAGCAGCCGGACACGCAGUCAGUCGGGAAGCAUUGCUGGCUCUUCAGCUAGUGUGACGGGAGAGUGUGAUGUGACUGGCCAAGGCAUUUUACCAUUGUUGGAGGAGGAUGAGGAAGAAGAGGAGGAAGAAGAGGAGGAAGAGACAUCCUUGAAACGUCGCAAGCUGCGGAAAUCCCACCGAGCAUCACGCUAUCACAGUCGCAGGGCCAGGGACAGGUCUCUGUCGGAGAGGAGCAGCUGUCAUGCAAGGAGAACCCGGGAGCUGCCCUGGAGAGUGGAAGCACCCAGGCAGCUAUGGGAGCCCAACGACGAGGAGGAGGAUGACAGCCACAUCAAAAGAAAGAAAAGGAGACGACAGAAAAGUCGGAGAUACCAGACAGGGGAGUAUUUGACUGAACGAGAGGAAGAACGAGUGGGCUUCCCCCACAGGAGGCGAAAAUCCAAAGCAGAUUUUAGGUACCGGAAGCAGAAGGAGGCUGCGCAGGGUAAAGGCACAGAGCUACAGCUGAGGAGCAGGCUUUCCCCAUCCCCCCGAAAAUCUCAAGGACAUCCAGACUUUCGAAAUGGCUUUUUCCUGGAGAGCUCAGACAGUUCUCCUGUCCAAGAAGAGCUAGAGAAACCAUCAGGAAAACGCAAAUGUAAAACCAAACACCUGGCAGGAAUCUGUGAUGAGGGGAAGGUGAAAGGAUGCUGGAUCCAGCCCAAAAUGCGCUCUCUGAAGAAGCCCCAGGACUCGUGGCCACUUUGCAAAUCCCAUUGUGUCAGCCCAGGGAACUCCCCUGAGUUGCCUGUGGCCCAGCACAUUCCUCCUGAAGCACGACGGCUGAUAGUGAACAAAAAUGCAGGGGAGACCCUUCUGCAGCGAGCAGCUCGCCUGGGCUACAAGGACGUGGUGCUCUAUUGCCUGCAGAAAAAGAGCAGUGACGUGAACCAUCGCGACAAUGCUGGCUACACAGCUCUGCACGAAGCCUGUGCGCGAGGAUGGAUCGACAUCCUCCACAUCCUGCUAGAGCACGGCGCCAACGUGAACUGCAGUGCGCAGGAUGGCACAAGGCCUGUCCAUGAUGCGGUGGCAAAUGACAACCUGGAAACCAUGUGGCUUCUACUUUCUUAUGGUGCUGAUCCCACUCUGGCCACUUACUCUGGGCAGACAGCUGUGAAGCUUGCCAACAGUGAUGUGAUGAAGCGCUUCCUCUGCGAUUACCUUUUGGAUCUCCAGGGGCGUGCUGAUGGGGAUCCUCAAACAGCAUGGGACUUCUACAGCAGCUCUGUACUCGAGGGGAAAGAUACCAUUGGAUGCGAUCUUCUGCUCAACCCUCCAGGAAGCUCAGACCAGGAGGAAGAGGAGCAAGAUCCUGACAACUUCAUGUUUGAGUUCUCAGACAAGCCGCUGCUUCCCAGCUAUAACCUCCAAGUGUCAGUCUCUCGCGGGCCCAGCAACUGGUUCCUCUUCUCCGACGUGCUCAAGCGCCUGAAGCUGUCCUCCCGCAUAUUCCAGGCCCGCUUCCCACACUUUGAGAUCGCCACGCUGCCCAGGGCGGAGUUCCAGCGCCAGGUCGCCCUCAGCCAGGUGCUGGCCCAGGACGAGGUGCAGGAGAGCCCCGAGCCAGCGCAGGGUGCUGCAGAGACAGUGGAGCUGGUGCACUACGAGCCCGAGCUGCUGCAGCUGCUGGGUUCGGCGGUGGAGUAUGAGGCCUGGAGCAGCUGACGGGGGCAGGUUGCUCCCUGCAUUACAAGGCAAUAAUAAGGACCAACGGGAAGCAGCCCUCUCAGCGCCAGCAGCAGGGACCCAAGUCUUUGGCCAGCCAGUCCUCCUCCUCACGGUGCCUCGGUGCCAGCUGGGGUGAGAGGACACUUGCCUCCAAGGACUUCCCAGGGUCCCUUUGUGAUGAGCAGCGGUGGUUGCAGCUCUCUGUCAGCCCCAUCCAGCAACAGCAGGAGGUGAAGCCUUCUCUGUGGGGCUUUGUGGGCUGGAGCUCGUGGGGCAGUGACCAGCUCGAGCUCUGCGAGCGCAGGGCAGCGGGUGCCGCUGCACGUUCCUGCCUGACCCUGUGGAACUGCGCCUCUCUGUCUGCCCUCCUCCCUGCCCCCAACGUCUUCCAUAGUAUUUAUUUAAUUAGUAUUUAAUUUGUAAUGUUUCCUUUGUUUUUGCUGAGUCUGUAUCACUGUGAUUAUGUGAGCUGCGGGCUACGGGACGAGGGCUUCCUCCGGCCCCUCUCCAACAAUCCCCACGGCUGGCGCUCCCCUGGAGCACAGCCCCUGAGCUGCAGAACUCUCGCACCUCGGCUGAGAGCCUGGGGACAGUCACUGCUCUUAGCUUUGGAGCCAGCUUCUGCUGAAGGCACUCUCUCACCUGCCAGCCAAGAGCCAGCCGCUCUGCUCCGUCCUCUCACCAGGCUCCUUCCUGCAUUUCAUUCCCGCUGCUGCUCUCAGUCCCCGUCAGCUGUCGCGGAGGCAGCUGCAGCCUGCGGCCCCGAGCAGACCCCACGCUUCCAGCAGCUUGUCUCCCCCUGGGGUCUCUCGCCACUGCAGAACCCCCCCCCACCUUGCCCUGUGCUGUGUCUGCUUGGCUUUUCCUCACUCCACGGCCCCUCCUGUGUCACUGGGAGCAGUUCUACUGGCGAGAGCGGGCACGGCACGCUGGUGCCAGCCACACGGGCACGGGGCAGGGCUGCUCCGCUCCCGGUAGAUGGUACAGUUUUAUUGUACAGGUGCUAACAGGACUCUGAGGACGGGACAAUCUGUUUUUUUCUGGCUCUCCCCUGCUCAGCAGCGGGAGCAAUGGGUGGUUUUUUUUGUUUGUUUGUUUUUUUCUUUGUGUUGUGUUUCUUCCCAGCCAGGGCAGGUGUACCCUUUCCCCUUGGACUCCCAGCUGCUGGCCUCCACUCCCUGAGGCCCAGCAUCUCCUUUUUUAAGCCGAGGGGUUUUGCCUUUGGGUGUGUAUUCUGGCUGCUCUUUCUGAUUUCUGUUUUAUUAUAAGCAACAGGCUGUGGUGUCAAAAACACUUCUGUACAGAAAAAACCUGCAUCAGGCCCCCUGUGUCUUGCCUCUUUUCCUUUGUCCCAUGUCUGCUGCCUCCUGUGCCCUGAGGAGCUGCAGGGCUGCGGGAGAAGCGGAGGGAGGGAUGCCCAGCUCCUUCUCAUCCUCUGGGGGCCAUCUUGUCCCGCAGCCUCGCAGAGGGCAGCCAGGUGCUAGGGAGGGGAAAACUGCAAGGGCUGGGGGUGGGUUCCAUGCCUGCUGUCCCCAGGCCUUGCAUCAGCAAGGGUGCCUGCCUACAUCAGCCGCAGGGCUGGGCACACGCUCGGCUGGGGGCUGCAGUGCCGCAGAAAGCAGGGAUGUUGUUCUGCACAGUGCAGCCGUGGCGUAGGGGCCAUGGUUUGACCAAGAGAAGUUGUUGGGGAGACUGCUCGCAGUGCCCCAGCCGUGUUUGUGGGUGCGUGCGUGAGCUCUGCUGCUGAUGCUCUCGCUAAGCAGAGCUCAAUACCUGUGGAAAGGGGCUGUCGGCUUGAGCUCUGGGACAUCAGCUGGGCACCAUGGCCUGGCCCUACAGCUGGGCUGUAGGAAAGCUGGGCUCUGCAAGGGCCAGCUUCGUGCAGGGACUUGGGGUCAGCAGUGGUGAGGGCGAGGGUGUCCCUCUGCACCGCAGCCUGACUCAUACAAGAAAACCUGAAAGGAAGCAGCACUACUGUUCCCACCCACUGUGUGGACCUGCUUCAGGACUAAUGCUCAGAGGGGAGCACCUCAGUCAGGCCCCAAAAGUGCCCAAGCCACACCUCUGUCAGCUAGCGAC